AUGUCCAGAAAACGAACCAAGACUGGAUGUUUGACCUGCCGGAAGCGCCGUAUAAAAUGUGGCGAAGAAAAGCCAAUAUGCUCGAAUUGCGUCAAAUCCAAGAGGAUCUGUCAAGGGUACAACCAACGUGUGGUCUUCCGACCACCUACAUUCGAUCCCUACGAUGGCGCAACUCCGCAGAAUGGCCGUGGAGCGCACCCUCAACCGGAACAUUCCCAGAAUCAAGCAGUUGCACCAGAGCAUUUGCAUCAUGUGGAGGACCCUCAGCAGUUCCGGCAAUUCGAGCAUGCGUCUGAGCACUCCUUCUUUACUCAGGGUCGCGCAAAUGUGCAACCCUUGCAGGCGCAUUAUCCGAAUGAGACUCAGCAGUCCAGUGGUGCAGCGCCGACAUCCGCCUCAAGCAAAUGCUCAUAUCCGUGGCCACAACCGCCAGCGCCCAUGGUGGCGUCUCUAACACAAUGGACAUCAUCUGCAUAUACGCCCCGCCCAGAGCUUUCGCUGCCGAUUGAUCAUCAAUAUUACCCAACAGAGAACAUACUUGCUCAGCCGAGUUCUCCGAACUCGGCCGCCGGACGUACAUCCGUCACAUCCCUGGACUACUACCAAUACCAGUUUCCCACCCCUUCAAUAUCGACCUCUGCACACCUGCUGAGCGCUGCGGCUGUUGAAACGGUGGACGACGACUACUAUGAUGUUGCCUCCGACGAAGAGAUCGACUUUGACGCUGCUGCAGUUCAGAAGCACGAGUGGCAGAGACAGCAGACCCUCGGCAGCUUCCUAGCGAUGAACCAGAUCCGUGUUCAAGAUUUGCAGGUUCGUAGAUAUGACACCUUCCUAUACGAGGGCAUUCUCGACCACUACCGAGUCGACGAGGUUGCGAACCCUCUGAGGAAUCCGGCCACGGCCCGCGUGUUUGCACAUUUCAUCUCAGCCACUGGUCCAAGCCUGUCAAUUUUUGAGCGGCAUCCGAGGAACACAUCGGUGCUUUUUGCUGAAGGUCCCGUGCCACUGUCGCAGCAAGGCUUAUGGACGUACACAAUGCCCAUGGCAGCCUUACGUCACCAAGGUUUACUGCAUGCCAUGCUUGCAAUGUCCAGUCUCCAUAUUGCCAGACUUCAAGGCGGGUCCUUGACGCCGUCUAUGCAGCAUUAUGCCUGGUCAUUGAAACGAAUCCACAAAGCUGUUGGAAAUCCCAAAUCCCGUCUCCAACUGACGACCAUGGCAGCAUCGAUGUUGCUGGGGUUCUAUGAGGUCAUGGCAGCCGACCACAUGAAGUGGAACAUGCAUCUCGCUGGUUCGCGACAGUUGUUUGUGGAGACUGAUUUCGUGGGCAUGACUCGUGAAGUCUGCCGGUUGAAAGCAGAGAAAGCAGCCAGACAGCGUGGAAGAACGGACCGCUACAAUUCUGAAGAGCCACUUCCAAUCGACGAUUUACUGGAUCAGAUUCCGGACAUUGAUGAACGAUUUGUGAGCCAUCUUGUUGGCAGACAGGUCAGAUAUCACGAUUACGGCCGAAUCGAGCCGCAGCACUCUUUCAUUCCGCCCGAGCUGGACUUGAACAAAUUCGAAAUCCUAAAAGACCUUUACUUUUGGUAUCUGAGGCAGGAUGCGUACCAGAGCAUCGUCAGCGGGAAUCCUCUGCUCUUGGACAUCAAUCGAUGGGCCAAUUGUCCCCCAAGAGCACCACUCGGCCGAGCUGACGCUGUGUAUGGUACCUUCGAUCACUUGCUACUCUUGCUUGGAAGAAUUGCAGACUUCGCGGCGCGCGACCGCGAGCGCAAGCUGAAACAGAUGGAGGCGAAUGGCGGCCAGUGGCGGCCAGCUCCAGGCAUGAACAUUCCUCGACCACCGCAAGCACCCGGAAGACCAACCGGAGCGGCUGCACCUCCUGCGAUGCCAGAGUUCUACGGCAUGGCUCCAGCUCCUCGGGCAAACGUACAGAUGCCGUCCUCCUACACGCCAGUGUAUGAUCCAGGCCCAACCCCGCAAGGCGCGCAACGGCAGGACGAAAUCGACUGGGAUCUUCAGGCAGCGACGCAGAACGCACUGGAUGAAUAUGGCUCUAUACGUGCCGCUUUACACACCUUUUCGACCAGCCUCGGCGAAGCCUUUGAACCUUUAUCCUCGGAGUACCAAACGCCAAUGGACACUCCCUUUGGUCCAGCACUCUUCUACCGUGCAUUCGACAUCGGGGCUUUAUGGUCAGUCUACAACAUGGCAGUAAUCGUAGCGAUCCGCUCGCAUCCACACAUGCCACCUGCAGCACACGUUGCCGCUGCCAUCGCCGCCCCGGAGACUGCUUUCUUCGCCAACGAGAUCGGCCGCAUCGCAGCGGGUAUCGUGCCCGGUCCAACCGAUCAGCCUCUCAAUCCCAGUCUUGGAGCGUCUUUGAACGAAAGCUGCAUGCCGUCCUUCCUGGCAGCUGUGCAAUUUCAAGAUCCAGAGCAGCGGCGCACGACGGUCACGAGGAUCUACUCCAUCGCGAAACGUACCGGCUGGGGUAGCGCCGAACUGAUCGCAAACGGAAUCGAGACAGCUUGGGUGAAAGCUGCCGCGGCCGGACGAGGUCCGCCGUAUGAGAGGAUUGCACGAACGAACUAUACCAGUAAUGAUCCGAGGCUGAACGGCAGCUGGGAGCAUUUAGAUCCCAAUGCGACGCCGAAUGAAAUGGAUGACAAUGAUCGCAGACUUGUCAAAAUGAAGGCUACGGCACGCUUGAAUUGGGCGAUUGGUAUCAUGGGUGUGGAGGAUGACGUUGCGAAGAUCAGACUUUCCGAUGGGUGAGAUUGUAGCAUGACAGCGCAGUCGAUGGUAGUAAUGCAUAGCAAAACGAUGUACAGAUUUCGGCUUUACAUUCUG